AUGCGGCGGCGUCGGCCGCAGACUGGGACGGAGGAAUCGCGAGGCUCCUCUGCAGCAGCAACAGCAGCAGCAGGAGCAGCAGCAGCAGCAGCAGCAGGGUCGCGGCCCCCGCCGGCCACUCCUUGUGCAGCAGCAGUCUGCGAGAAUCUCGUUGGACGCACAGGCCCGGCAGGACGAGGAGCAGCAGCAGCAGGAGCAGCAAGAGGCACGCGAGGAGCAGCAGCCGCAGCAGCAGCAGCAGCAACAGCAAAUGGCCGCCGCAGCGCAGCACCCUGCCCCAUAGCCAAAGUGCCCCCCCACCUGCUGGCGCAGGUGCUGGCAAUUACUGCAGGGGACAGCAGCAGCAGCGAGACAGAGCGGCUUAAGUCAGUUUGUGUUGAGUGGGCAAAGACAAUCAGCAGCAGAGAGUUUACUUUUCUUUUGCCGUUGAGGCUUUCUUACGUUGCCCGGCGCCAGCAGCAGCAGCAGCAGCAGCAGCAGCAGCUGCAGCAGCAGCAGCAGCAGCAGCUCCAGCAGUUCUACUUCCGCAAUGCCGCAAGCAGCAGCUACCAUACCAACGCAGCAGCAGCUGCUGCUGCCUCCGCGGCGCCGCCACUCUGCGGAAUAGCUCCGGGGCUGCUGACAGCAGCACCCGUGCCGCCAGCAGCAGCAGCAGCAGCAGCAGCAGCAGCAGCAGCAGCAGCAGCAGGACCCCGCUCGUCGGGCGCAGUUGGCGGCGGCUCUGCGCUGCUGCCUGCGUCUCGUUUCCCGGACCCCGGAGCAGGGUGCCCAGCAGCGGGUCCUGGCGCAGCACGAACAGCAGCAGCAGGAGCAGGAGCAGCAGCAGCAGCAGCAGCAAUUGGACUCUCUGCAGCAGAAGCAGCAGACCUGCGCGCGCAAGGCACUGAAGGCGGGCUGCUGCUGGACGGCCCCGUGUUUGGCUUGAGCCGCAGCAGCUGCAGCGCCGUGUGUGAGUGGCUGCUGUCUGCAGUGCCGCACACUUCGCGGCUGCUGCUGCAGCAGCAAAAGGGGGACAUUGACUAUUUGCUGCUGGAGUCGCUGGGGCGGCUGCUGCUGCGCAGCGCGCCGUACCUGUCUCACCUGACGCUGGCGGACCGGCGAGCAGCAGCAAGGCUGCUGCCGCUGCAGAAGGAGUGCAGCAGCGCAGCUGCGGGGCCGAAGCAGCUGCAGCUGCCGGCAGCAGCCGCAGCCGCAGCAACAGCAGCAACUGCAACAGCAGCAGCAGCAGCAGCAGGGCCCCGUGCGCAGCCGCUGACGGCUGCCGAGGAGCAGCGGCUGUCCGUGUGGCUGGCGCAGCGGCAGGAGGAGCGGUCGGCAGCGGCGGGCGCCGCGCCCGCAGCAGCAGCAGCAGCAGCAGCAGCAGCGUGCCCCCGCGUCACCUUCUCGCAACUCAAGUAUGUGCGAGCAGCGCAUGCAAACUUCCUCAGAUCCUUGAGGGCCCCCCAGCUGCAAGAGCUGCGGCUGGACCUGAGGCUGGACGUCAGCAGCCCGCUGCUGCUGCUGAGCGUCUGCGCCCCGCAGCUGCAGCAGCUGCUGCUGCGCGCGCAGCGCAGCAAAAUCCUGUGGCUCUCCUUUGCUGCUUUCUUGGCCGAAAGUGGAGCAGCAGCACUUAAGACUCUCGAAGUCCAUGCCACUCAUGCUCCCAAAAACUUGUCAAAUUUCGCUAAGACAACUUUGGCCCAAAUGCACAGCAGCAGCCACUUGCCGCUGCACCACGCCCGCGCCCUCUUUGCUGCAGCAAAGCCUCCGCAGCAGCAGCCCGCCCCAGGCGGCGACCCCGCUGCUGCUGCUGCUGCUGCAGCUCCGGGCGACCCGCCCGACGCCGCAGCAGCAGACCCAGCAGCAGCAGCAGAAGCAGCAGCAGCAGGAACCUCGUCCUCGCGCGACCAACCCCAGGAGCAGCAGCAGCAGCAACAGCUGCAGCAGCAGCAGCUGCAGCAGCAGCGGGGGCUGAAGUCCGCGGCGCCAGCAGCAGACUUCUCCUUCUGGGGACCCAAAGGACUCUACUUUCCCUCGCUUGUGUCUCUCACCUGCCACAGCAGCUUGCUGGAGACUUUGCUGUGCGCAAAAGCGCAGCUGCCGCUGCUGCAGCACCUCAGCACUUGGGGCUGCAGGCUGCGGAUUGGCCGUUUUCUUGCUGCUGCUGCUUCUCUGAAGACUCUGCAGGUCAGCCGCAUUGGCUGCUCCUGCCGCUCCUGCUUCCUACUGCGCGUCAAGCGCACUGCAGCAGCCAGCAGCAGCAGCAGCAGCAACCGCAACGGCGCCGCCAGCAGCAGCAGCAGCUCCGGCUGCUUGAGCUGGAGGCAGCAGCCCGCCCCGCAGCAGCAGCAGCAGCCACAAGACCAAACCAUUUCCAACAUCGAAGAAUACGGAGGCUCUUCAGCGUUUCUCUACAGGGGCUUCGCCUUUCCCAAACUCAAAACCCUCGUCCUUCGUCCGGAAACCGGGGAUGGGCCCCGCGUAUGGGGGCUGCUGCUGGAGGGCCUUUUCCCGCAGCUGCAGCAGCUCAUAUUUGAUGGGCGUUUAUUUCAUGCCUUUAAGGACGAGCGGCUGCUGCGUGCCCACGGAUCUGCUGCAGCAAGUGCUGCAGCUGCUUCUGCAGCAGCAGCAGCAGCAGCAGCAGCAAGCGCCGAAGGCGAAGAGGCCCUUUGCCUCUUCCGCCAUUUAGGUGUACGUACACUCGGGACCCACCUGGGCUACGUCUGCUCCCAGGCCACGAUGCAGCGGGUAACGAAGGCUUUGCCGCUCAUGGCCACUGUGGGGCCCUUCGUGCAGCAGCAGCAGCAGCAGCAGCAGCGGCAGCGGCAGAGGCAGCAGCGGCAAGUUUGGAAGCAACGGCCCGCUGCUGCUGUGCCCAUUUCUUCGCACUUUAUUUGCUGCGGAGCUUCUCAGGAAAGAAACGGAAGUUUGGGGGCCAAGUGGCAGUCCUUAGUGCUCACUUUCUUCCAGGUGCAGCAGCGCCAGCAGCAGCAGCAGCAGCAGCAGCAGCGCAAGCAGCAAAACCGACACUCCAACAGCACGCGCAGGUGCAGGGACGAGCAGCAGCAAACCAGACGCAGCGCUCAGCAACCUGCCAGGCGGUGGCCUGCAGCAGCAGCAGCCGCAGCAGUGCCUGCAGCAGUAGCAGAAGCAGUAGCAGCAGCAGCAGCACAGCGGCCUCCAGCACCAGCUGCAGCAGAAAGCGAGGCACUUACAGGCCCAGCUGCUGCUGCGCCAAACCUGCUGCCAGCAGCAGCAGCUGCUGCCACGCCAGCGCCUGAGGCGGCAGCUGCGGCCACAACAGCAGCAGAAGCACCCGAUAGCACCACAGCAGCAGCAGCAGCAGCAGCAGCAGCAGCAGAGGCAACAGCAUAG